GGGAGCCUCUGUACCAUGUCCUAUCCUCAGUUUGGCUACCCUUACUCCUCUGCACCCCAGUUCCUGAUGAGCACCAACUCCCUGACGACCUGCUGCGAGUCCAGCAGCCGGACGCUGGCCGAGACGGGGGCGGCCGCCUCCGCCCAGACGCCCGUGUACUGCCCGGUGUACGAGAGCCGCCUGCUCGCCACCGCCCGACACGAGCUCAACUCCGCCGCCGCCCUGGGCGUCUACGGCGGGCCCUACGCCGGGCCCCAGGGCUAUGGGAACUACGUGACCUACGGCACCGAGGCUCCCGCCUUCUACUCGCUGAACAGUUUGGACGCCAAGGACGGGAGCGGCUCCGCGCAUGCGGGCAUCGCCCCGGCCGCUGCCUACUACCCGUACGACCACAGCCUCAGCCAGUACCAGUACGACAGGUACGGGACGAUGGACGGCGGGACGCGGAGGAAAAACGCCACGCGAGAGACAACCAGCACGCUGAAGGCCUGGCUGCAGGAGCACCGCAAGAACCCCUACCCCACCAAGGGCGAGAAGAUCAUGCUGGCCAUCAUCACCAAGAUGACCCUCACCCAGGUCUCCACCUGGUUCGCCAACGCCCGCCGGCGGCUCAAGAAGGAGAACAAGAUGACCUGGCCCCCGCGGAACAAGUGCUCUGACGAGAAGCGGCCCUAUGAGGAAGAGGAGGAGGAGGAGGAGGAGGGUUCGCAGGAAGAGGCGAUGAAGAGCGGGAAAGCCGAGGAACCCACGGGCAAGGAGGAGAAGGAACUGGAGCUCAGCGACCUGGAGGACUUGGACGCCGCCGAGUCGGAGAGCUCGGAGUGCGAGCUGAGGCGGCCCUUCCCGCACCCGCACCCGCACCCGCUCCCGCUCCCGCUCCCGGGCGGCAGCCACCCGCCGCGGGCCGCCGAGCUCCCCGCCAAGAUGCCGCCGCCGGCUGCCGCCGGGGAGGAGGAGGAGGAGGAGGAGGCGGCGGCAGAGCGGGCGCGGAGCUGCCUGAAGACGGCGGCGGAGGAGUGCGGCCCCGACCCCCUGGGCGCUCGGCAGCGCGGCUGCGAGUCCAAGAUGUGCUUCCAGCAGGGGCAGCAGCUGCUGGAGGCGAAGCCCAGGAUUUGGUCCCUGGCGCACACUGCCACCUCCCUCAACCAGGCCGAGUACCCCUCCUGCAUGCUGAAACGGCCGGGGGGCUCGGCCGCCGCCGCCGCUCCCGCCCCGGUCAGCGUCAUGGACAGGCACCAGGACUCGCCGGUCACCAACCUCAGGAACUGGGUGGACGGGGUGUUUCACGACCCCCUGUUCAGGCACAGUACUUUAAACCAAGCCCUGAGCAACACGACAGUUUCCUGGGCUACCACCAAAGGAGCCAUUCUGGAAACGGGCGCCUUGGGACGCGCGGUGGGGAACGGCGCCAAUGUGCUCAAGGGGCAGCUCUCAAACCUGGCCCACCAUGACUCAAACAAAGAGUUUCUGGCGUUCCCCAAAUCAGGAAGCAAAAUGUUUUGUUCCUAACAGGCCCGCCGAGGGGCAAAGGACAUUCUAACGCUUGAAGAGUCAGCUACACUGAAAAGAGACUUGCAAGAGUUUAAAUUUAAAUAUAAAACUUUUUCUUCUUCUUUUUUUUUUUAAACAAACAACAUAAACGAGGAUUUAAAGUUCAGUUUGCUCAGUUCAACGGAAAGACUUUGCUCAUUGCUGUUCUGAACAUUUUCUCCUGGCUGCGACUUUAAGGGAUCAAUGUCGUGAAAGUUAUUUAAUUCCAUGUCCAAAAAGCACGUACUAUAGUGUAGACCUACUUAAAAAGUUUACAUCCGAAAGUUUACAAACGGGAAAUUUUAAUUCAGAUUUAAUUUAAGGCAUGCCGACAUUAGUUGUAAAGACUUUUCGAGAGUUUUUCCUCCUGAUUUCCUUGUUAGCAUAUAAUUCACAAACAGCACUUCUACUAAGUUUACACCUACUGCACAAAUUUAUCUUGACAAAAAAAAAAUAUGUUAAAGGGUAUGCUCACUCCAAUAAAUUGUCUGUUUCAGAGGUAA